AUGGAGGUCUCCACGUCCUCGCCAGCGGCAGGACGACAGGCCCUGGCCCGCGUCGAGGCGGCAGUGGCGGCGGCGACGCUGCCGUUGCUGAUGACGCCGCACCGCAGCAGCGUCGAGCAGCGCGAGGCCUUUCUGAACCAGGUAUACACCGACUAUGCCGAGUUGCAGAGGCAACGUGAGGAGAUCGACAGCCGCAAGCGGCAGAUGGACUUCACCAUGUUUGAAAGCAACCGGCAGGACAUAUAUGAUGUGCUCUUCGCCAACGUCGAUGCAGGUGACGGUGCGCUCGGCGACUGGGAUACCUGGGAGAGGGUAGAGGCGGUUGUGAAGCGCUACGCGUACGGCAAACCGCCACACACGGCGCACGAAAAGAAGGAAAUGGGCGCAAUGCAGAGCCGCCUUGACAAUCUCUGCCAGGUACUGACGGAGAAAACAGCAACAGUCCAGUCCCUUACCUUCAACCUGGACGCCGUGCAGAAGGAGCUCGCUGGUGUGCUGAAGCUGCUGUGCCUCAAGGAGAGCGAGAUUCGCAAGCUGAACAGCCAGAACAGUACAGCGAAACUGCAGCUGCGCCACCUCGAACGAGAGUGCGCCGAGCUCCGCGGCUUCCGCAGCGAGAACAAGCCGUCGGUGCUGAAAAAAGACUUCGGUUUCCUCAUUGAGGCGAACAAGGCGUUGGAGCAGGAGAACUCGCAGCUGCGACGGCGCUUAAAUGCCCAGGAAAGCGCUGCUGGCGCCGCUCUUACGCACAAGGCGUUCCUCGACGAAGAGGCAGCUACUCCCUGUCAGUCUCCCCACGAAGGGGAUGAAGCACCGUCAUUCGGUGUGACGAACGAGAGCCUGGACCAGUGCAUGGAAGACGACUCCUACCGGCGCAAGCUGCUGCGUGACAAUAUCCCUCUUUCAGGGGCUAUUGUCGACGCAAAGUCCGAAGUGGAGCUGUGGAAGCGACGUUUGGAGGCAGAAGUCAGCUGCGCCAUGGAGAUGCUCGACCGAGACGCACAGCUGGCGCAGCACAUGGCUUGCAUGCCUGGCGGCCUUGGAGGAAUGCAGGAGGCACUGCUCAGGGAGAACGACGUUCUAGUGUCCUACGCGAGGUACGAGAACAUCGCCGAAACGCGGCCAUGUCUGAAGACCUUGUCCGUGGCUGUGGCCGCGGCACUUCCGAGCUUCGCCUCCCCCUCAGCCGCAGCUCAGCAGCGCGCCUCAACGGUAGCGCUGAUGGACACUACAACGGCGGUGCCAUCAAGAACGACAGCGACGUCUUUGCAGGACGUUGCCCCUAGCCCAGAGCAUCCACUGGAGCCCCUGCAGGAGCAGAAGAAGAGCCUCAAGUCGCGCUCGUCGACUCGCGCGUCGCGCCACAAAAAGACUGCGUCGACGGCGGCCGCCACCACGGCACCAGCUGCCUCACACCAUCUCGACCCACCAGCAGCGGCGUCGACGUCGCUGUCGACAAAGAGGGACAUAGCUCGUGGGCCUGGAGGCGGUCAUGCCUCUGCAGCCACCGCAUCAGCGCCAGCGUCCUCCACCUCCGCGGCAUGGAUGCACCUGAAAAGCACCGUGCUCCAAUGCGCCGAGCUCUCCCGUGCGAAUGCGCUGCGGCGCGAGCUGCUGCACGCGCAGUGGUUUCGGCAGCAGCUGCAAGGGGAGCGCGAGCGCGUUGCCUCGCUCGUGGCCGCCCAGCUCCAUUCUGCUGCCCAGAGUGCAGAGGCUACUAGGCGUGAUGACGCACCUCAGUCUGAGCAGGUCCAAAGCGUUUCCCCGACGGCCGAGCACGAACCCGUCAGUCCAGCGCUUCCCAUCGUGAGCCAGGAACGCGCUGAGGCCUUGUCUCUCGGGGCAUCCUCCAGUAUCUCCUCCGCACCGGUCCGGCUGCGUCAUCUCGUGCAAGAGAGUCGCCCAUCGACCCGGCAGGGCGAUAUGGACGGUGGUGAGGUGGACGGCUGCCCUAUGGGUAGUGCAAGCGACGGCAGCGGGGAGGCUGGUCUUUCCGCGUCGCCGCGUCGUCCGUUGCGCUCAACGUCAGCGGCACUUCACGCGCGAACGUCAGUGACAUGGAGAAAUCCGUCUGCGCAGCCGAUAUGUACUGCACAUGCCCGGAACGAGCCUGAGAACACGACUGUGACGCUGGACGUGCUGCAGACGUCGGCGCCUUGUGCGCAUGCUGUCGCCGCGGCUGUUUCGUCUUUCACGCAAGACGGUGGUCAAGUUGCUGGCGGUACCGUGACCGGUGGCGCAGGAACCGGGUCCAAAACGGCGGGAGCACGACGCCGUGGCGUGCGCGCGGGAGGUCUUGCCCUACAAGCUGACUGGUUGCGUCAACAAGUGCAGCAACUCGCUCUCGAGGCGGCAACGUUUGGGAAGGAGGUGCAGGAGGCGCUUGGUCUGUUGAGCAUGCUAUUUGCGCAGCAGCAGCUACGUGUCCGGCACACGCCCGAGGCGGAGGUGAUGUAUACCAUGAAGGCUACGGCGCAGCAGGCGCUAGAGGAGGCCGCCAUUGCGCGAGCGGUACACUUGCUAGAGCAGCACUGUGGUGCAAAACUCCACGAUUUGCAUGCAGUCACGCCUAAGUCCCUCCCUGAGAAGGCAACGGACGAGGAGUGGCUUGCCCACGAGUUGCGCUUAGCGGCACUGGAGAUGCUUCGAGAGACGCCGCAGUCACACGCGAUGUGUGGUGGUGACGGUCGAGAGUACAGUGCUGGUGCCACCUCCAAGGCUGCCGGCUCGACGCCGUCACGAUGGCCUUUCUUCACAGGGGCGAAAGAGGACGGUGCUGGCCGCCGGGCACAUCAGUUUUUCGACGAAGACAUUCUGCAGCUAUGCCCGCCAUCGCCAAGAGGCACCUUCGGCACCGCCAACCGCUGGAACACACCUGUCGCAAACGGCAGCGGCGGCCAUCGUGGUUAUGUCGAAAAGACCCGAGAAGGGGACGACGCCGACGGGAUGGGUUUGCGUCAGCACGUGGUGCAUGAGGGACGCCGCACGCGUGGUAGCGCCUUGCAGCCGGUGCCGUCGCCGCCCCUGGAUUGGUACUGGGUGGCUCGCAACUUUCUCGGGGUGGAAUUGCCCGGUGCCGACCACCAGGAGGCCUCCCAGGAGCCCAGAAUGCGGGUGGGGGGUUUCCGCGCAACGGCCAUUUUACCGCCCACGUCUGCGUGGUGGCACGCCCCUCCUCCAGACAUCGAAUCACUUCGGCCGACGGUCUUGCGGUAUGACUUCGGUGCCGCCCGGCGGCAGGCGCAGGAGCGUGUGAGCGAGCACGUGAAGCAGGCAACGGCGUACAUCUGCGGCAGCAGCUUCGAUGAUUUUGUGCGUCAGUACAUUGUGCCCAUCAUCUCGACUGCCACACGGGUGACCAGCGGCUCUGGCAUGGACGCGGCCCUCCGCGCUGCGGUUCGGCAGCUACGUGAGAAGGCGCGUCAGCAAUGCAAGCGCGACGUGCGUCUGCUCUUGACCCGCGUCGCUAAUAAUAUUCGCACCCGAAACCUUCUCCGGAGCCGCGUUGUCCAUGGCGAGGGCUUUGUGUCCUAUGUCGGUGUGCUCUACAACAGGUGGCGCAACACGCUGGAGCAGGAGAGGCGCCAGGUGCGCGCAGAGCAGCGCGCCGGGCAAGCGUCUGUCUUGUCUCUCAUGCAUCUUCAGGCGCCUGCCGGUUCCUCGAUGGCGAACCUACGGCCGCCGAUGAGGAGCUCGGCGCUGGCGCCCGACAGCGGAAUCAGCGGCGACGGUGCCUGUCUUCCUCACUGUCCGCUGCAGCCUUCGAGUUACCACUUCGACAGGGUGAAAUUUGGAAACACGUAA